CAACCACCCUGGAAACGAACUCUGGCAGUAAAUUUCGAGGAUUAUAUUGGUGUUUGUGCAUAGAAACGAGAAACUAUCAUGGAUUUUCUCAAUCAUAACUAUUUGAGUGCGCGCAACCCAUAUGACUAUACAUUUAAUUUUUGGAACGACUAUCUGGGUCUGUCGACGUUGGUCACGAAGAAUAACAAGCACAUGAUGCCCGAAAGCCCGAACUCCAUCACCGAGUCCCUGAAAGCAACUCUGGGUUUGGAUGACUCCCCAGCAUGUGCGUGCGUAAUCUCGGGCAGUAGUGAAGGCGGACACCUGGACUGCUGUUGUCCAUCUGUGAGUCCCCUGCCUACCUCCAUCCUGGACUUGAAGGAGCGCUUUUCAAUUCUGAGCCCAUUCCAAAACCAAAUCGGUGGUGUCCCACUACAAGACCGGGACUUGGGCUUCGGGGGAAGCUUUGCAGGAUUUGACCUGUUCGGAGUGGAGAGGAAGAUGCGCAAGCCAACGUCGAGGAAUAAACAGGAGCCCAAAAUCUGUGUCUUCUGCAGGAAUAAUGGUGCACCGGAGGAGGUGUAUGGCUCCCACGUUCUGAAGACACCAGACGGGAGGGUGGUGUGCCCCAUUCUUCGCGCUUAUACAUGCCCUCUUUGUAGCGCCAAUGGUGAUAAUGCGCACACAAUUAAGUACUGUCCACUCUCCAAAGAUCAACCAGCCCAGCGACCAUUAAAGGGAGGGAGGGCAGUGGGUGGUAAACGAAUGAAAAUAUUCUAG